ACCGGCCCGAGUGUUUACCGCGCGGCCUCGAGCCAGUCGCGAGCGCGGCGAAGUAGCGAGAGGAGCCUUAAAGGGGCCGCACUUGCCUCUCGCCCCGUGGGGAGGCCCGUCCUCGGGCCUGCUGCGGGAGCCCCGACGCUUAGCGACGGGCAUGCUGGCUCCAGCCGCUGCCGCCACCACCUGCUGCUCUUCCUCCUCCGUCCCCGUCAGCCGCCGCCCGCCUGCCGGGCUGGGGCCAUGCUAGGCCCGCAGGGGGCGCCCCGUCUUCUCCUGCCGCCGCCGCUGCUCCUGCUGCUCCUGCUCUUGCCCGGGUCGGAGGCGGCGGCCGGCAAGAAGACCGUAGUGCAGAAGGAGGCCGACUUCGACAAGCCCUACACGGACGCCGUCAACGGCGAGCUGCUCAACAUCUACGCCUUCAACCACACCGUCACCAGGAACGCGGUGAGCAGCCUCUGGGCGUGUGCAGAGGGCGCCCUUGCAGGGCAGUCUGGGGCCCCACCCGGAAGGGGGAUCUGGCUGGGCCGCCCAGUCUCGUACCCCGCUUGGGAAGGGACGGAGCCCCCCUACCCGCCGUUGUCCCCGUGCGGGAGAAAGGGGGUUGCUGGGCAUUGCGAAGGUACCGGGGUUAGGCAAGUAUAAAUAAGGAUGCUUUGGCUCUCUUGCGCAAGACAGUCCCCUUUCGCAAACCCGCCCGCCCACUUGCGAAGUGCAAGCGCUUUUGGAAGGGACCCAGAAAAGCCCUUGCUUGUCCAGGCAGAGAGGUCUGCGAGAGAGCCACGUCCUCUUCCGCCCCACCUUAUCCUUAUUUGUUUACAGUCAGUCAUAAGGCUGUUUGGGUGUCCAGCCAGCAGCGAUUCCUGCCCUUCUUCCGCACUUGUGGAACUCGUAGAGUUGGGAGGGACCCCAAGGGUCAUCUAGCCCAACCCCCUGCAAUGCAGGAAUCUCAGCUAAAGCAUCCAUGGUAGAUGGUCAUCCAACCUCUGCUUCAAAACUUCCAAGGAAGGAGAGACCACAACCUCCAACAGCUCAUACUGUCAGAAAGUGGUUUUCCUGAUGUUUAGUCGGAAUCUCCUUUCAUGUAACUCGACUGGCCUCAAGUUCCUAGAUCUCAAGAAAAGGCUUCUCUGCUCAGCAGAGCUGUCCCUCUCCAGAGCUGCGCCUCUACAGCUUAAACUCCCUUUGUCCCCAAAGAUGUGUCAAAGGUGAGAUGAGCUGUAAGAUCUUCUUGGCAGACCUUUGGCCUCCAGGUGGCAUCAGGGAAUUCUCACUCUGUGCUUUUUGUCUGGUGUGAUACUUUGCUGGGUUGUGACACUUCAACCUGUUUGUUCUGGGCAGUUGGCCUUUGUAUCCACGGCCUCCCAAAUUAGCAGCCAAGAAGGUAGAGGGCAAAGGUGGUUAUUCACCAGCAGCAGCUCCCAAGUCUGGAGGACGCAUAGAGCCUACAACCCCAUCUGCCAGCUGUUGUUUUCCAGGUGAAAAUCCACCUGCAACGUCAUUCCUGUCUCGUCACCUAAUGCAAGUGUACAGAAGGAUCAUGUCCCUCCUUAAAGUAGCCACUGUGAGGGGUGUGGCUUAAAGGUCUGUGUCAUCAGCACUAAGUUGAGUUCCUGCUCCUGAUGCUAAAGUUAGAGAAGUUUUUCUACACUUAAACAUGGCAGCCCAGGAAAUAAUACUUAUUUAAAUUCCUAGGCAUGCCACUGGGUUCCUUUGGGAGGAAGAGACUGGGAUAUAAAUUUAACAAAACAAAUAUAAAGUGAAAAAAGGGAGGGGGGUGGCAGUCCUGUGCCAAACUGAAAAUGUUAUUCUGCUCCCUUGGCACCAGUACAAAUCAUUCAGUACUAGCACAGGCAGGUGCCCAAGGUUAUUAUUUCACACACACAGGCAUCUCACUCCUUCCAGUACAGUUUUCUUGGCUUUCAGUCAGCUGUUAUAUUAUUGCCUUCCCUACCCUGCUCCCUACAAGUUAUGGGGAUCCCAUAGGCAAAAGCCAGCCUCCUUCUGCAACAAGGUGCAGCGUCAUAGCUCAGUGGCAGAGCAUCCGCUUUGCAUGCAGAAGGUCCCGGGUUCAGUCCCCAAGGGCACUUCCAGGUAGGGCUGGGAAAUAUUCCUGUCUGAAAGAGACACUGUCGGUCAGAGUAGAGAACACUGAGCUAGAAGGACCCAGUGGUCUUGACUCCAUAUUAGACAGCUUCCUAGCUGCUGGGAGUGCCUAGUAAGGGGUCUCUAGACUCCAUGCCAGCAAGAAUGCAAGGCCUCUUUUUCUUCCUGGGUCUGGAUUGUUGAGAAGAGGGCUUGUCUGGGACUCAGAGGCCAGUCCAGGAGCAGCUCCCCACUGACUCCUCCUUGGCUUAGGGUCACGUCUACUCGGUCAGUGUGUCUGAGAUGCCAGGGCAGCCUUUCCUGGGGUGCGGCAGAGCCCAACACUUUCUGCUCCUGAAACCGUCCCCCCUUGUUCUGCUCAGUCCUCCCUGUGCCAGGAAAGGUGUAGAAUCCGUACCUCACUGCAGAGUAACAAUGACUAGUGGCCUCUGCACAUCCUAGGACCUUUGCAGGGGGGCAGAGUAGAAGAUGUGUUUAUUGAGCAACCCAAGCCUUCUUUUCUUUUUGACAGAUGGGAGCACAGGCCAGGUCUGAGCUCUUGCGCAGACCUUUAGGGGAGUUGACCCAGGCGGCUGGCUGCAGAGUGCUUUCUUGGGCACCUGCCAGCCAGACUCAUUAGCAUCAUUAGCUGUCUGCUGUCCUUUGCAACUAGUGGCCUCAUGGGUGCCUUUGGUGGGUGGAAGGAGAAAGAGAGAGCAGGCAAAAGGUCUGAGGAUGAGACAUGCUUGGCUCUGCCUCCUGCCCCAAACCCAAGAUCUCCUCUUGUUCUCACUCCUGCAGACGGAGGGAGUCCGGGUGUCGGUGAAUGUGCUCUCAGAGCUGAAGGAGACACCGGUGCUCUUUGUGGUCAGGCAGAAGGAGGCCGUGGUGUCGUUCCAGGUGCCGUUAAUCCUCAGGGGACUGUAAGUAUCUCUGUGUGAUGGACAGGCUCUUCUUUGCCCGAGUUUUCUUGGCAGACUCAUGGGGGUGGCCUCUUCCUGGCUGGAAGGAUGCAGCAGCGAAGCAUCCUCCGUCCCAGCUAUCCAUUCCCAUUGGGGGCCCCAUGGUCUGGCUCUUCUUACCUGGUGGCUACCCUUAGCCAAGGACAAGGUGACUGUGGGCCUGAGACCAGCUGGGUAGAAGGAUGCUGAUGCCAGGUGGCAGUUCUGCUCCUUCUGAGCCACAAAGGUCUCGCUCAGACGGGGCUGUUGGGUAUUUGAAUCGGACUGUGCUUGGGUGCCCCUGGUUGGUGUUCGCCAACCCCCUUCCUUCUGCCUCGGGCCUCCAGGUACCAGCGGAAGUACCUCUACCAAGAUGUCAGCCGCACACUGUGCCAGCCUCAGACCAAGAGUGAGGUGGAGAUGCAGUUCUUCUACGUGGAUGUUUCUACGCUCUCUGUGAGCAACGCCUCCUACCAGCUGCAGGUCACUCGUGUGGAUAACUUUGUGCUCAGGUGAGCAGCCUCUGACCUCUGGGGCUUGAAGCAGCCGAGGAGCCGGCUGCUUGUCCUGGCAGGUCCUCUUCGGCUGAAGACCAGGCCCAGGAGUAGGUGAGGUUGUGGUGGGAGCAGCAACGGUGCUCUUUGCUGGGUGCGGAAUGGGAAAUAAGAUACAGAAGAAUGCAGGGUAGCGGGGAAAGAAGGGAACACAGGCCCAGACACUGAAGGUGUGAAGGGGAUCACAAAGUUCCUCUGAGCGUGUGCAACAUUCUGCCCCCUCCCAAACCCUUAGGGAAAGUUAGGGGACUCACUUAGAGGGUGCAGCUUUCAGGCCAACACAAUCUUGGCUCCUCCAGCCGCUAUAAGUGUGUUCCUCCCACCAAUAAACACACAUAUUGCACACACUGCUUUGUGGUUUUUCUCUACAAGAGGUAUGUAACUUUUAAAGGUAAAGGUACCCCUGACUGUUAGGUCCAGUCGAGGACAACUCUGGGGUUGCAGCGCUAAUCUCGCUCUAUAGGCCGAGGGCGGCGCCGUACAGCUUCCGGGUCAUGUGGCCAGCAUGACUAAGCCGCUUCUGGCGAACCAGAGCAGCACACGGAAACACCGUUUACCUUCCCGCCGGAGCGGUACCUAUUUAUCUACUUGCACUUUGACGUGCUUUCGAACUGCUAGGUAGGCAGGAGCUGGGACCAAACAACGGGAGCUCACGCCGUCGCGGGGAUUCAAAGUGCCGACCUUCUGAUCGGCAAGUCCCAGACUCUGUUGUUUAACCCACAGCACCACCCGCGUCUUUUAUGAAACAAUUUAAGUCUUUCCUUUUCUUAUUCCCUAACACAGGACCAAUGAGCACUUCACCUUCAAUGCCACGGCAGCCCAGCCACAGGUGAGUUCUCUCUGUUAGGGUGAAGAAUAGAGAGGGCCCCAGAUGGUAAUUGCCAGAAGGAAGGCCUGUUGGACCGAGGUUUCGUUUAUGAAUCAUGGCCUUGUGGGUGGCUCUGCAUCUGGUUGUGACGUGGGAAGAGCUUGCUCUGCUUUGUAAUACCUCAGAAACAGUGGCUCUGGCAUUGUUGUUGUUGUGGGAAUGCAGGAAUCUCUUGCCCAGCAAGCUCAGGAUUGUCUCCCUGGAGGCAGAGAGAAAGUUAUUUUUAAGAACGUGGUCAUUAAUAUCCCAGGAGCAGAGAUAGCCCAGUUGGUAGAGCAAGAGACUCUUAAUCUCAGGGGCAUGGGUUCAAGCCUCACGUUGGGCAAAAGAUUGCUGCAUUGCAGGGGGUUGGACUAGAUGACUCUUGGUGUCCCAACUCUACAACCCUAUGAUUCGAAUUUCUGAGCUGCAGCUGAUUGUGCUAUUUUGGGGGAGGGGGCACACUAAAGGAAGGUAAAAGGGUGUUGGGGUGGGCUUUACGCCUUCCAGGGGCUGCAUGUGGCUUCUUAACGCCUCCCUCUUCUCCUGGGCAGUAUUUCAAGUAUGAGUUCCCGGAGGGUGUAGACUUCGUGAUAGUGAAGGUGACCUCUGCCAUGGCCUUCCCCUGUUCUGUCAUUUCCAUCCAAGACAUCUUGGUAAGUGAGAUGGGUGGUUAGACCGGGAGGGCAUAUUUUUUUCAUGAAGGAUCCUGCCUUUUUUGGAGCAGUGGAGUGGCUGACCCUACUUCCGUCUUCCUUCCUUCCCUCAGUGCCCUGUCUACGACCUGGACAACAAUGUGGCCUUCAUCGGCAUGUACCAGACCAUGACCAAGAAGGCAGCCAUCACUGUGCAGGUACCGGACUCAGGCUAGGAGCUGCGCCAAGUGCAAUCUGAGCCCCGCAGAAGCGGCCAGGCUGGCUUCCCCAUUGCUUCUGGUGUCUGGUAGCAUCAAUUAGCAGAUGGUUGCAGUGGUGUUGCUUGCGCCGGGGAAUAUUAUCCAUGCCCUUGGUGCUCCCAAGGAAGCGAUGCUUGUUGAAGAGAAAACUGAUUCUUUGGGUGCUUUGUGUGGCAGGCACGAUGCCUCUGCCUCAGUGGCUGGCAAAUAACAGGGGUUCACAGCCCUGGUCUGGCCUCAAAUCCUGCCAUCAGUUGGUCUGCCACUCACUAGGAACAUCUUAGGGCGGUGUAUGUGUGUAUAUAGGUAUAUGUAUAUGCUCUCAGAAGAGCCCAGGUGCCCCACAUGGGAGUCCUUUAAGUGCUUGCUAGCUGGCACGUUGUCAUGGAAUUUCUGCAGCCCAGGGAAGACGGUUCCUGAUGUUGCUCUUCCACCCUCUUGUUAACUUCCAGAAGAAGGAUUUCCCCAGCCACAGUUUCUAUGUGGUGGUUGUGGUGAAGACAGAAGACCAAGCUUGUGGUGGGCCACUGCAUUACUACCCCUUUACCAAAGGUACAGAGGUGGGAGUUCGGGGAUGGGGUGGGGGCUUCAACAGAGAUGAUGCCUAUGUUUUGGGUUUUUUGCCUUGCCAUGGCAGAAUCCCAAAGAGACAGCGACUGGGUGGUGGGGUGCUCUGUGAGUCUGGCAUGUUUCUAUAUCACUUUUUGUUAUAAUUUGCUCUGGGAGACUUUUGUUUCCAAAUAAACACCUUGCAUGCGAAUACAGUUAAACAGUGCCAUGAAGCGAUUCGGAAGAAAGUUCUAAUGUGAGCUAGCAAUAGAUCCUUUGAAAACUACUGGAGAUUUAUUUUUAUUUUUGAGAGGGAGGAAUAGAGAUCUUAUGUUGUACAUAUGCAGCAAAUUAUCUGUGCAUUGACCCCUGUCCCUCCUUAAACACAAACUCAAGCCUCUUCCCCCUUCCCUUGGACUAGGAGGCAUCCUGCUGCAGGACUGUUUGAAGAGCCCUUUCAGGGAUCUGUAUAUAACCCUCUUUUAAUAAACCUCUUACAUUGCCAACCGCUAUGUAGACCGUGAAUCACAGUGCAGUACAGUCAGAGGAAAGGGAGUCCCAUGCUGACUUCGAAGGGUAAAAUAGUAGGUAGUGUCUGGUUGUAGAAAGCGACCAAGAGAAAGUAUUGCAUCCUGCCUGCAGAAAAAUGACUGUGGACUGUGCUGCUUUCUUGCUUGGCUAACCCUGGUCUUUUUGUGCAUUCAGACGAACCUGUUGACCAAGGCAACCGCCAGAAGACCCUGGACGUGGUGGUAUCGCCAGCAGUCACUUGUAAGUAGCCCUGGGUGUCAGCUGCACCCAUUUGAAUGGGCGAGGGAGCACAGGGAACAGCCCUGAUUGGAGACACCAGGUUCCACCUCCUUACCCUGACUAGGGUUUUGAACUGCUGCCACUCAGCUUUGAAGGGUUGCUGCAAAGAGCAUGGAGCGUAUCUGUUUUCUGUUGAUCCACUGGUUAGGACCCCCGACUGGUGGCUUCAGAUCACCCACAAAACGAUUUAGUCUAAACGUUAGGAAGAAUUUCCUGAUGCCUCAGAAGGUGGUAGACUCUUGAGCAGAGUCUGGGUGGCCACUUCCUCCUCCUCCUCCUCCUCCUCCUCCUCCUCCUCCUCCUCUCAUGGAUGCUGUCGGCAGUGGGUUUUCCGCAUCAGCAACAUAGGGUUGAGCUGGAUGCCCUUUGAGGUCUGCUCCAGCUCUGCGAUUCUGUGUAGCCCCCGAUUGUGUACUGAAGGGGCAGGAAUUUUGCAUGAGAGUGACUUAAUUCCUGCACCAGACAUUUUCACUGGGCUAUUUUCCAUAAGAUGGAGGUAAGCGGCAAAGAAAGGAAGAGAGCCUAGGUGGACCUAAGCAGGCAUCCCACCUGUGCUUGGAAACAGGACUUUUAAGUUGUCAGCUCCAGCAGAAACUGUUGCACAUCUACAAGGUCUUCCUCUUUCCCCCUUCCCUGCAGCACAGGCCUAUGUGAGCGGGAUGUUGUUCUGCCUUGGGGUUUUCCUCUCCUUCUACGUCCUGACGGUCCUCAUCGCCUGCUGGGAGAACUGGAGGUGAGUCCUACCUUUACACCCAUAGGUGGUGUGGCUCUUUCCUUCCUUUGCAGAGAGGCCGGUGCUCCUGCCACGCAGGUGGUCACCAUCACGACUGUCCAUCAGCCCAGGAUAUGGGUCCUUAUUACCAUCUGCCUUCCUAAGGUGUCCCAGAAUUCAGCGUGCGGCUUGGCUGGCUUGCGAGAGCCAUCUGGAAGAAUAAAUUUCCCUGCUUUCUGUUUGGUGUCUGGAUUGACAUGUGGCAGGGCACUCCUGCUUUGCAGUGGUGUUGUGAGCUGAAAUAGCCCUCUCAUCCCAAACGGUACAGGUUUCCAGUGACUCCAUCCUUUGUACCUCCUGAAAUCACCUCCUUUGGGGCAGAACUCUCCACAAUAGCCCUGUGAAGCCCCUCCUCCAGAGGGACAAAGGAACCACCCAGCCCACUUCUACCAGAGCCUCCCCCUACUCCCUUCCAUGGGUUUUUUGGUGGAGUGGAGAGUCUUUUUCUCUGUGGAUGAGGCAGCUGUCUGAGGCACUCUUCAUUACUUUAUAGGCAACAGAAGAAGAAGAAGCAACUGGGACUGUUGGCUGCCAUAGAAACACCCAGUACUGAAACUGGUAGGUGAGGUCUGUGUGUCUUGUGGGCUAGGAGCCAGGGUGGUUCUUGCUCCAUGCCGUAAUGCUACAAUUUCUGCAUGUGACACCAUUUGUUUCCGCCUUUGCAAUUGCCUGCGGGUGUACAGUGGCACCUCGGGUUACAGACACUUCAGGUUACAGACUCCGCUAACCUAGUAAUAGUACCUUGGGUUAAGAAUUUUGCUUCAGGAUGAGAACAUCCUGGGGUGGCAGCAGGAGUCCCCAUUAGCUAAAGUUGUACCUCAGGUUAAGAAAAGUUUCAAAUUAAGAACGGACCUGCAGAACGAAUUAAGUUCUUAACCCAAGGUACCACUGUACUUUCACCCAGCGUCAACAUGUAAUACCAUCUCUGUUAAUUAAUAGCCUUCCACAUGCUCAUGCCUCAUGGCAACGUACAACAUACAAUAAAAACAACUAAAAACACCCCCCAAAAAUGGCAGCAGAUAAUUUUAAAAACAAAGUAAAGUAGACACUCAUGCCAGAGACCUCUUUAUCUAGCUGGGAAAGCCUAUCAGAACAAUUAAGGUCUUCAGUUGUUUAUGGAAAGUUCUGUUAGUGGGUGCCUGUCAUAUCUCAACAGGAAUUUGACUUAACAGGGGCAGCCACACCAAAAGCCCUGCUCUGAGCUACUGAGGAAGGGGCUUCUGGUUUUUCUGGGUCUCUUGAUGGAUCAAGAGAUCUUUGAACCAGGGGACAGGCAACGGUGGUGGCGAGUGGGAUGUUUUGGGAAGGGGGAUUUCAGAAGCACAAGGGGAGGACACUGGAGCCAUGGGCAAAACCUCUGGUUCCAAAACUGCCUGCAAAAUCAAUGAGAUGUAGUACCCAUUUUUCCCUAAAAAAAGAAGUGGGGGGGGGGAGAGAGAACUGAGUUGCUAUGGAAGUCCAAGCUUGUCACAAGACUCAAGUUCCCACUCAGCAUUCCACAUUUGUGCAAUUUCAGUUGUCUAAAUCUUCAACCUUGGGUCCCCAGGUGUUGGUGCACUGCAACUCCUAAAUCGGCUCAUCCAGUUGCCAUGGAUGAUGGGAGUUGUAGUCCAGCAACAUCUGGCAACCCAGGGCUGAAGAAGGCCAGACUGAAUGGCCGUGGACUGCUUCAACACUUGGAUGGGAGCCCUUCUUGUUGCUUGCCGCUUCCAGCUCUUUCACAGCAUGGGGGAUCUGCACUGGCCAGCUGCUUUGUCCCCCCUCCCCUUGCCAGAGUCAGCUCAGGCUUUCCGGGGGCACCUGCUGUGGCUUGGGGGGGCAGUUGUGGUGUAACACCCCUUGGCAAUUAAAGGUAAAGGGACCCCUGACUGUUAGGUCCAGUCGUGACAGACUCUGGGGUUGCAGCGCUCAUCUCGCUUAGUGGCCAGCAUGACUAAGCCACUUCUCGCUUAGUGGCCAGCAUGACUAAGCCACUUCUGGCGAACCAGAGCAGCACACGGAAACGCCGUUUACCUUUCCACUGGAGCGGUACCUAUUUAUCUACUUGCACUUGGACGUGCUUUCGAACUGCUAGGUUGGCAGGAGCAGGGACUGAGCAACAGGAGCUCACUCCAUUGCAGGGAUUCGAACCACCGACCUUCUGAUCUGCAAGCCCUAGGCUCUGUGGUUUAACCCACAGCGCUACCCACGUCCCCCUUUGGCAAUUAAAGUUUGGGUGUUUGCAUCAGUAACGCUGUCUCUUUUUCCCUUUUUCUCUCUUGCUUCCCUUCCUCCUUUUUCUGGGGCACCUCAUGCUCAGCUUCUCUCCUUGGUAAGCACCAAACACCUCCUUCUUUCUCUUAACUUCCAAGCAAAGGAUUCUCCCUCAGCCUUUUUGUUUCCUUUGCCUUGAGGGGGGUGUCAGGUCCAGGUGGGUUCUGAGGUUCUACCCUAGACAGGAACCUCCGAAGCUGCUUCUGGUUUAUACCUCUUUGAAGAGACCUCCAUGAUUGGGCGGUGAAAUAAAAAAUGGGCGACCUGUUUGCUCUGCCUCCUCUUCCCCAAACCUUUCCCUGAUUCAAGACUCAGCCAAGGAGGAGUUGGCACCUUCGCCUGCCCACUGCACCUGCUCUGCUGCUGCCCACCCCCGUUCCCCGCGGUCACUGUCUGCUGAUGGUUUGUUGCAGGGCAUCCCCACAUCACCCCAGACUCCUUCCUGGGGCGCCAGCCUUACAACGGCUACAGUUAUGGUUCCUUUGGUGAGUCCCAGGUGCAGAUGGUGCCUCCCCCCUGAAGCCCCUCAGCCCACCUGUGCUGCAGGUAUAGAUACCAGGCCUAGCCUUUGGGAACUGCUGUGCCUGUUUGUCCAGGAAACCUGGUGGUGCAAAUGAGCAAGACACUUCAAGGGGGUGGCGUGGGGGGAGGGAAUUGCCGCCAUCACCUCUCUUGUGAUCACCUGAGAGGUCUGAGCCUUGCUGCGCCACUCACUCUGUUUUGCCCCCUCCCUGCCCUCCCAAUUGCUGUUGCAGACAACGGUUCUACGGCCAGCACAGAAAAUGUCACCGAUAGCCUGCUGUCCACAGAAGCAUCCUACAGUUACACAGGUGAGCUGCUUACCUGGACGGGUGGGAGUCUGGGGGAUGCAGAGACCAGAUUCCUUCUCUCAAGUGCCUGGGUUUUGCAUGCUUGCAUGGUGGGAGGCAGCUGGGUACCCCAAGAAAGUGGGCAAACAGGGUGAGCUGGGCUGCUGGGCCUCGUGGAUCUUUGGGCCUUGCGAACCGCUUCGGGGGAAAGUUCCUGGCUUGUCGGUUGUUGUUGGCAUUUCUGUGGCAGGUCCUGAGAGCUAACUCCUCUGUGUAACUCUUUCCUUUCCUUUCAAGGGCAGGAUACCUGUCAGCACCGCCAGAGACACUGGGCCAUUGCAAUGGGUAGAUGCUGGCAGAGAGAGAAAUUGCCAAUCAUUUCACAAUCAGGCAUGGCGUUCCUGGCACCAGGCUUCCUCGACCCACUUCCUCGACCAGGAAAGGGAGAGGGCAUUUUGGCCAGGCACCUCUGCUGCGUUCUGUGCUCUUUCCGUGUUAUUUCAAAAUCAAUUUCUCGCCCCUGACAGCUGGUGAGAGAAAUGUGGCUGGUGAAAUCGCAAACAUGGAGCUCAAUUUAAAACAUGGAUACAAAGUGAUGGGGCUACAUGCUGCCUAAGCUACUACCCCCGACAAUACAAAUCCUAGCAGUGGCUGCUUGGUGGUGCAAGGAACACAGUCCAGGCUGAGUCCUGCUGGGCAGCCAGGAGGGAGCUCAAGAGGGGUUGAGCUUUGCUCUCCUCUGGCCUCCCUGGGGAGCAGAGGCGCAGGCAGACUCACAUGCAGGAUUCGGGUUGCUUUGCAGCUUCUCCUCCAGCAGCUUGGAGAUACAAAAAUAUACUUACAAAAAUGAAGCACGGAAGAUGCAGUCGGCUGGCAAAGAUGCUCCCUGGAACCAGGAAUGUGAUGCAAAGGCACAAACCCCAGCCCCCUCCCCAGUUCUCCCUCUUGAGCUCCCUGUGGCUUUCUGAGGGGCUGCAGUAGCGGGAGAGAGGGGUCAUGCUUCUCCUUCCACCACCGCCAUCCAGCAACAGGGAUUCCUGUGGUUUCCCUUCAAGCCUUGUGGGCUGAUUUGGAUUGUAAGGAUGAGGCCACUUACUCUCAGAAAGCUCACAGCGGAGGGGUGGGUUAAUCUGCAUGAUUCCAACUCCCACACCAGGCAAUUGCAUGAAUCAGGUGCGUCCAGGACAGGUGAUUGCUGCUCCUGGGGAGGGAGAAGGGGCCGAGCUCGCCAUGGGGGCGGGAGAAGCAGGUGGCAGAGCACAGCAUGUUGAGGGUCUUUCCUGACACUCCUUGGCCUACAUUGGGCAAGGCGGCUUCUUGGCCCCGUAGCUGCCCAGGUGUCUGAAGACCCCCUACACUGAGCUGUCUGCUCUGCAGAAAAUGAGGCAGCCAGGAGGUCCAUUACAUCGCUAAUUCAAUGGCCCGGGGCUGAUCUGACCUGUUGCCUUUUGGCCGUGAAGGCUGCCAGACGCUUCCCCGAAACUAAAUUGUGUUGGGCUGAAUUCCCCCUCCUACACACACACACCUGGGGUCGGGGUGUGCGUGUGCGCCUGGCAGACCAGCUGGCCAUGCCUGUCUGUGCCUUGUCAGUCAUGCUGCCCCUUCUCUGCCCACAGAUCGCUCCCUUGAGAACAUGGCGGGGCGGCCACGGCUUGACUCGCUCAGCUCCGUGGAGGAAGACGACUACGACACGCUGGCCGACAUCGACUCGGACAAGAACGUCAUCCGCACCAAGGUGCCUUGCGCUGGGGAGCAGGAAGGCAUGGGAGCCCAGAGUCUCCCUCUGCCAUCGCCUGCCAGUGCUGUUCACCUGCCCUGUGUGUUGAGGGCUGGAAGUGAUGCUUCCCUCGCUUGCCAUUUAGAACAAGCCAGAGAGCCACAGGCUGUGGCGAGGGAGGGAGGAGACACAGGAGGAAGUGGGACUGAGUGAGCAGCACGUGGCCUGGCUGGCUUGCUUGAGACACCCAGAACGAUCUGCAGGUGGCUCUUGAUUUCUAAGGCUCUCUUGGGCUUUACCUGCAAGUUGGGUUGGACUGGGGGGAAAGGGAUCAGACAAGAUGAGCGGGGGUCAAAGCAGUCUCAGGGUCUGGAAAUGCCGACCUUCCUUGUAGCCUCACAGGUUAUCUUUCCAUGAGGGGAGGAAUCGGCCGCUCCCAAGGAGACCCACAGUUCACCCCGCUCCUUGUGUCUUCUCAUUGCAGCAAUACCUGUAUGUGGCGGAUCUGGCCCGCAAGGACAAGCGGGUGCUGCGGAAGAAAUACCAGAUUUACUUCUGGUGAGAGAGGAGAAGGAUGUGGGGCGGGGAGGGUGGCUGUGCCCCACCUGUACUGGGGGCUAGCUCUCCCUUCUAUCCAUCCGUUCUGGGUAAAAGGGGCAGCCUGGCGUGGUGGCUGAGUGGACCUGCAUGGCCCCCAGUGGGUCAACAGAGAGCCCACCUAUUGCUUCAUGGUGGAAAUAAAUUAGGGGUGUGGGAUGCACAUAUGCCCCCUUACCUCUGGUGUCUCCUGCAGGAAUAUAGCCACCAUUGCAGUCUUCUACGCUCUGCCCGUCAUCCAGCUGGUCAUCACCUAUCAGACCGUAAGUGGGUUUCUUUCCUGGGCUUCUUUCCAUGUGCUAUUGAUAGUCACCCGGCCACCUAGGUGCUAUGUUGUCCCCGAAAGCCUGGUCUACCCAUUUCCCCUCCUCUGGGCUGGAGAGGUUGGCUUUUGCCCCAGCCCAGCUCUGAGCACCUAGUGCCUUCUCUGUGUCAGUGUGAGCUGGUUUCCCCAGAUCUGGGCUCUGCUAAAGGGGGCGGUGGACUGCCAAGCCAGCCUUCACAGUUGGGUCCUCUGCAGUGCUUACCUCCCCUUUCUCGUUGGCAGGUGGUGAACGUCACCGGGAACCAAGACAUUUGCUACUAUAACUUCCUGUGCGCCCACCCACUGGGCAAUCUCAGGUAGGAGCAAGGGUUAUGCAGCGUCCAUCGUUCUGCCCGGACACUGAGAUCCAGUGCCGAGGGCCUUCUGGCGGUUCCCUCGCUGUGAGAAGCCAAGUUUCAGGGAACCAGGCGGAGGGCCUUCUCGGUGGUGGCACCCGCCCUGUGGAACGCCCUCCCUCCAGAUGUCAAAAGAGAACAACAACUACCAGACUUUUAGAAGACAUCUGAAGGCAGCCCUGAUUAAGGCAGCUUUUAAUGUUUAAUAGGUUAUUGUAUUUUGGUGUUCUGUUGGAAGCUGCUCAGAGUGGCUGGGGAAACCCAGCCAGAUGAGCAGGGUAUAAAUAAUAAAUAAUAAAAUUAUUAUUAUUAUUUUAUUUUAUUUUAUUUUAUUUUAUUUUAUUUUAUUUUUUUAUUUAUUUGUUUGUUUGUUUGUUUGUUAUUUAUUUAUUAGCGUCCUCUUCCCUGGGUCAGGGACUCCAGCAGAGCUUUUGCCCACUGUGCCUUGAUUCAGACCUUCUUUGCUUUCCUCUCCCCAGCGCCUUCAACAACAUCCUCAGCAACAUGGGCUACAUCCUGCUGGGGCUGCUCUUCCUGCUCAUCAUCCUCCAGCGCGAGAUCAACUAUAACCGGGCACUGAUGCGUAACGACCUGCAAGCUGUGGUGAGUCGCGGUGGGAGGAUCUAAAGGGUGGUUUCAGUCCCCCGGAGCCUCGAAACCAGGCGCUGCACCCUCAUUUGCCUCUCCUACCCUGGGACGCCUUUUUCUUCCUAUCCCAGAUCCCAAGUCUUAGAGGCAUAUUCAAGAGGCGGGUAGUGCUGUGGGUUAAACCACAGAGCCUAGGACUUGCCGAUCAGAAGGUUGGUGGUCCGAAUCCCCGCGAUGCGGUGAACUCCCGUUGCUCAGUCCCUGCUCCUGCCAACCCAGCAGUUCGAAAGCACGUCAAAGUGCAAGUAGAUAAAUAGGUACCGCUCCGGUGGGAAGGUAAAAGGCGUUUCCGUGCGCUGCUUUGGUUUGCCAGAAGUGGCUUAGUCAUGCUGGCCACAUGACCCAGAAGCUGUACACCAGCUCCCUCGGCCAGUAAAGCGAGUUGAGCGCCGCAACCCGAGAGUCGGCCACGACUGGACCUAAUGGUCAGGGGUCCCUUUACCUUUUUAUGUUCAGUGCAGAGUUAAGAACAAAGGCAAAGGGUGAAACCGGCAGAAACAACAUUCACAGCAGCAUUUUAUUUAUUUGCUAGGGGCUGUCAUCCCAGCCCACAUUGCUUACCUUCCUCAGCCCCCAAUCGUGUUGUCAACCAUCCUUGGCUGUGCAUGCAUAUUCAGUCACCAGCUUGCUGAUGGACAAGUGCAAAUGUAAUAUAGGGAGAUAAUAAAUGUAUCGGCUCGUGUUCGAAAUCCAGCAUUUCCCCACCAAUUUAAAAUCCUAUAGAAAAAUAAACAGUGUAGACACAGCAAAAUAUUAUGUCUAUCAUUUCAUAACCUCACCUGUUUUAUAAACCAUUUUAUGUGUCAAUACGAAUGGAAGUUGUUAAUGUUGCAGUUGUUGUAUAAGGGAUUGUUAUUUUGACCUGAGUGUAAUUGAAAUUAUUAAUAUUUUGGUACACAGAAAUAAAGUAAAUAUUCAAACCAUCAAUUCUAGCAUGCGGGGAGCCACCUAAAUUAUAUAGUUUGGCAUCUGCAUGAUUGGCAUUAGUAAUUGUAUUAUAAUGAGGCUGUUACUAGAUUGUGAUUGAAAACUAAUAAAAAUUAUUAUAAAAAAAAUAAAUUAAAAAAUUGAGGGUCACAGCAGCAGUAAACCUACAUCAGAUCAAUGAAUCAUAGCUAGCCGUACCAGAAAGGUGUGCUUUAAGAACUUUAGCCUAGACCAACCAAUGUUGGGACUACAGCUCCCAUCAACCCCAGACAGCAUGGUCAUAUGAUACUGGGGCUGAUGGGAGUUGUAGUCCAACAGCAUCUGGAACAGGUUGGUGAAGGCUGGUAGACUCUCUCCAUCUCUACAGGCACACAAAUAUGCAAAAAACAUGGGGGAAGUAUGUUCUCUUCCUUUCUCCCUGGCUUGCUGUAGUUGUGCAGAGAGUUCUGCUCUACUCGCCACCUCUUCCCAGCCCCUUUUUCUCUCCGGUAGACGGGGGCACAGUUGACCGUGACCCAGGGAGACCAUGGGAGCAGAAAGGGCUGCAGCUGAAUGCCAGCUUGCAGGUGAAGCCACUGCCCAGCUUCUCUCUGAAACAGGAACACCCUCUUCUCCCUUCUCUUUUCCUAGGAGUGUGGCAUCCCUAAGCACUUUGGUCUCUUCUAUGCCAUGGGCACUGCCCUCAUGAUGGAGGGGCUGCUCAGCGCCUGCUACCACGUCUGCCCCAACUACACGAACUUCCAGUUUGGUGAGUGUCGCCUGGGAAGUGAGGCAGGACCGGAGGGGAGGGGCUGCCUGCACCCAGCAGACCAGGCACCCCCAACCUGGUGCUCUCCAUCCUGCUUCCAACUGCAACUCAUAGCAGGCCCAGCCAGCAUGGCCACGGCAGCUGGAGGGCACCAGGUUGGGAAAGGCUGGGCUUCACAAUCCAGGGGCCAUGGAGAACUUGCCAGAGGAGCCCUGCAGAAGAACGUGCAGCAGGUGCCCUGCCUUGUACGUCUUGGGAAAACGUGUGCAAAUAAUGAUAUUAGGGGCAGCCCCUCUGCCCAUGUGCCAAGUGCACUUUGCUUGCCCCUGAAUAGCCACCUGCUGCAUGAAAUUUUAUGAUGAUUUAGUUAAAUACGUUAAGUUAAAUUAAUUGGAAAAAGCUUGCAAUUACCAGAUAGGCUGAGGAUUAAAACAUGUAAUGUGAAGAAUUACUGUAUUUUUCGCUCUAUAGGAUGUACUUUUCCCCCUCCAAAAAUUAAGGGGAAAUGUGUGUGCGUCCUAUGGAGCGAAUGCAGGCUCCUUGGCUUCAGCGAUAGCAACGCGAAGCCUCCGAAGUGCAGAGGGAGCGCUCCUUCUAUGCUCCGGAGGCUUCGUGUUGCUUUCGCUGAAGCCUGGAGAGCGAGAGGGGUCGGUGCGCACCAACCCCUCUCGCUCUCCAGGUUUCAGGGAUAGCCACCUGAAGCCUUCAGAGCACAGCGCAAGUUCCCGCUGCACUCCGCAGGGUUCAGGUUCCUUUUGCUGAAGCCAGGAGAGCAAGACUCUCCUGGCUUCAGCAGAGAGGGAGAGCUGCGCAGCGCCCCUUCAGCCAAGCGAGAGGGGAAAUGGAAGGGGCUCCGUUUCUCCUACCGCUUCGCUGAAGGGGUGCUGAGCAGAGAGGGGGAGAUUUUUUUUUCCUUGUUCUCCCCCUCUAAAACAAGGUGUGUCCUAUGGUCCAGUGCGUCCUAUAGAGCGAAAAAUACGGUAAUAUGUUUAAUGCUGAAUGGAUAAGACAGAAAUAUGUUAAGCGACUAGGUUAAUUAUAUAAGAAUUUUGAUUUGAAAAACCGUUAAAAUGAUAUGCACUGAAAUUCAACUAGGGGGAUACGAGGAAGUCACUCUCGCAGUGUUAUUAAGAUUAGUUUUAAUAACGGUCAAUGAGUCUAUGUUUGUAUGUAUGUGUGUUUUCAGUCUUGUGAAGCAAGUCCAGUAACAGUAUUAGAGAUGAGCAUUAUUUGGCCGCUUAUAAGAAUGUCUAAGCGAAUCAGCUGAUAAGAAUGCUUAGUGGCUUAACGGAUCAGCUGGUAAAAGUUAACGGAUUCAAGCUGACUAAACUUUAGCGGUUCUGCUUGUAUAUAUAUAUAUAUAUAUAUAUGUAUAUAUACGGAUCAGCUGUAAGAUGGAUUAGCGGAUCAGCGUGAUGAGCAGCAAUGAUCAGCUGAAUUAGCGGCAAACGGAUCAGCUGAUAAGAGGCGAGCGGAUUUGCUGAAAUAAUGGUGUGAACUGGAAUACAGACCCGCAGGAAGGCGCGAGGCAUUUGGUCCUGGAAGUAAGCUCAAAUGAAAAUAUGUGAUGACUGAAUUGCUUUCUAAACUGAAAUCCUUUUAUUUUAGUUUAUUUAUCUUUUGUAUCAUUUGUCUUCUGGGCAUUACUGUCUUAUGAUUCGUUUCUAAUUUGGUAACUGAUUUAUGAAUAUCUGUAAUAAAUGUGUGUUUAAAAGUUGUGAAAAUGAAUUUAAAAAUUUGGGAAAAAAUAAUGAAUAGCCACCUGCUGGUGGUCUCUUGUUUGCAGACACCUCUUUCAUGUACAUGAUCGCCGGCCUCUGCAUGCUGAAGCUGUACCAGAAGCGCCACCCAGAUAUCAAUGCCAGCGCUUACAGCGCCUAUGCCUGCCUGGCCAUUGUCAUCUUCUUCUCGGUCGUUGGGGUGGUGAGUGGCGAUGGGAAGCCUCCGGAGCUCCAUGCGGGAAGGAGGGAGGGAGGCAGGCCUGAGCUGGGACAGUGGCCUUCCCAACCCCCGGGGGCUGGUGUCCUGUUGGCCCGCGUGGGUCUUUUCAUUCUUCCUUUUCGUGGGUUUUUGCAAACUGCGUUGUCCCUCUCCGGUGUCCCUCAAAUUCCUCGGUGGCCUUUAUGUAUUGGCAAAACGUUUCAGAUUUGUUUUAAAAACAAAAUCACAGCAGUGAACCAGGAAAGGAAAGCCUUUCCCACGAUUAUUACGCUUCAGGAGAACAAAUCAGGGGAUUUGGCGCUGCGGGUUAAACCACAGAAGGUCGGCGGUUCGAAUCCCCGUGACGGGGUGAGCUCCCAUUGCUCGGUCCCUGCUCCUGCCAACCUAGCAGUUUGAAAGCACCUCAAAGUGCAAGUAGAUAAAUAGGUGCCGCUCUGGCGGGAAGGUAAACGGCGUUUCCGUGCGCUGCUCUGGUUCUCCAGAAGCGGCUUAGUCAUGCUGGCCACAUGACCCGGAAGCUGUACGCCGGCUCCCUCGGCCAAUAAAGCGAGAUGAGCGCUGCAACCCCAGAGUCGGCCACGACUGGACCUAAUGGUCAGGGGUCCCUUUACCUUUACCUUACCCUUCAGGAAAGGACGUUGCAGAAACCGCUUUCUGCUCCUCUUCCACCCCAAUUUCCUCUUAAAAUAGUGGGGAAACCCUGGCUUCCAUUGAAAGGAGGGAGGAGGCAGAAAGGAGACUUCCUGUCUUGCCUUCUCACCCCACUCCCUCCCCCAGCCUUGAAUUCAGUAUCAUGGCCUUCAAACGGCAUGAUGCGCCCCUUUCUCCCUGCUCUCCCAGGUCUUCGGCAAGGGCAACACGGCUUUCUGGAUCGUCUUCUCCGUCAUCCACAUCCUCUCCACUCUGCUGCUGAGCACCCAGCUCUACUACAUGGGCCGCUGGAAACUGGGUGAGUUCUGCCAGCCCUUCUUUUUUAAUAAUAAUAUAUUUUUAUUGAAUUUUCUGUUGCACAAUUUCAAAUGAAUAUUUUACAAACUUAAAAAAUAUCCACUGGCUUCCAUUCUUCUCUUUCCGUGGUUCAUUUUACGUAUCCUAUAUCCCUGCAUAUUUUAGUAUAACCAUUCAAAUCAAUUUUCCACUUUUACAUCCAUCAAAGAAUUCUUUACUGACUCUAUUUAACUUAUCUUAAUGCUGCCAGCGUUUUCAGCUGUAGGCACUUACUUUCCAUAUACAGUGGAACCUCGGGUGUACUCAAUAAAUGUUUUCCAAUCUUAUUUAAACACAUGUUCUUGUCUCUUAUUCAAUAUGUUAAAUCUGCAAGUUGUGUGUAUUCUGUCAACUUAAGUUGCCAAGCCUCUUGAGUUGGGACCUCGCUCACUUUCCAUUUUGGGGCUAACAAAACAACGGGCAUAAAAAAGAAUAAGAAAUCAAGACAGCAAACUUUUUAUAAAAGAAUGGAAAUGGUUUAUUGAAUAUUUACAGAUAAAUUGCAAACAGGUAAAAACAUUGGCAGGAUUAUUGUAAUAACCUGCAGUUACAUAAGAAUAUACCUGUAUAUUUAAAGUAGAUAAUUAAAUGAGUAAAUUAAAUGAAUUUGGAUAUGCAGAAGAAAUUUUAAAAACUAAAUUUAAGGAACUGCAGAAAGAGAGGGAAGGAAGUCAAACUUUGAAAUGUUAAAAAGAUUGUAAAAGUAAUGAAAUGUAUAAACUUGAAAAGUAUAAAUAAAAACUUAAAAACAAAAACAAAAACGGGCAUACAUAAAUAACCUUUUCUGACACCUGGGAAUUUCAUUCUGGGUUAUCCCCAGAAAAAAGGACUCUGUUUUUUGGGGGAGGAGGGCGCGUGAGAGAAAUCUCAUGGCUGGUUAUGUAAACAUGUCCUCUGCUUGCUUCCCAGGAGUGGCCUCCUGCCCCCACCAUGUCAGCCCACAGGGCAGGGUGCAUUCCUGGGUCCACGUAGCUUUAACAUGUCUCUCUCUCUCUCCACAGACUCUGGGAUCCCACGCAGGAUCUUGCACGUGCUUUACACGGACUGCAUCCGCCAGUGCAGCGGGCCUAUGUAUGUGGUGAGUAAGGCUGGAUCUAUACUGAUAAAAAAACAACGCUAUAAAAUCUCUCGUUGCAAAAUUCCAUUGGCGACAGAUCACUGCUCUACAGCACCACCUGGUGUCACAUGUUUGUAGUGCAGUUGUAAAAAUACAACUGACGCGUGUAGCUAAGUCCUCUAAGUGUGGCUGGCUCUCUCCUGGAAGGAUUGCAGGGGCUGUAUGAAAACUCGACCUCCCUCUCGCUGGGCUAGGGCCCCCGUGGGUGCUUUGCUGGCCUCUGUUGCAGAUGCUAAUCCCCAUUGCCUCCCUCUCUUUUCCUCCACAGGAUCGAAUGGUGCUGCUGGUGAUGGGCAAUGUCAUCAACUGGUCUCUGUAAGUCAGGGUUGGUGGGCAGGGCAGGAUCCAACUGGGCAGAGAGGAUUACCAGCCAGUCAAGGGGCAGGAGGGGGGGUGUAUUUAUAUCAGAUUAGGCAAGAGACACAGGGCCUUCUCUCUGGUGAUGCUGUGGGAGAUGGGCUCCCUCUGCCCUUUCUAAAGGGAGGUUAGCAAAUAUCUUUUUUUUUUUAAGAAAAAGAUUCAGCUCGCUUUUAACACGUGGCCUGCUGCCGUUAUGGGAUUUGUGUUUUCCUUUCUUCGGGCUGCUCCUAGUCUCAGAAUGUUUCGUGAGAACAGCUCCUGCCUUAUUCAGGUUUUAGGUCUGCUGUUUUUAUUGUGCGUGUGUGUUUUAAAUUGAAUUUGCACUUACACGUGGUGGGACAGAAAGGCAGAACAGCAACAAGAGUGACACAUUAUCAUAACAACAGUGGCAGGAGUGGUCCUCUCAGGCUGGCAGAGGCCUCCCCCCCCCCCCAUGGCCUUGAAGGGCCCCCAGUUGUGGUCCUUGAGGAGUCACCCUCCCGCUUGACAGCCUCCUUUUCCCCACAGGGCUGCUUAUGGCCUCAUCAUGCGGCCCAACGACUUUGCCUCCUACCUUCUGGCCAUUGGCAUCUGCAACCUCCUCCUCUACUUCGCCUUUUACAUUAUCAUGAAGGUGCUGCACGUAACCCGACUUGGCUCUUGGGGGCGGCCGGGGCCAGCUUCUCUCUGGGCGGAAUAUAAAUUGCAUAAAUAAUAAUAUCGAGGGGGUGGGGGUUCCCAUUCAGAGGCGCCAGUUCGCGAGGGCAAUUGUGGGUGGAGUUGUGUGCAUGAUGAAAGGAUGUCAGGACGUACCCAGUAUCAGUCCCCAGCAUGGGGCUGCUUCCACCUUCCUUCCCCUCUGUGGCAGGAGGAAGAGCCGCCGGCCACUGAAACUGUGCCACGCUCAAACUCCUUUGCCCCCUGAUUUUUUUUUGGACUUUGGGGGGGUCCCCCAAAAAUUAUUGUAUGUGAGCCAAAAGGAUUUGACCUUCAUGAGUUGGCGCCCCUGCUCCCAUUUAUUAUGGUGGGGUAGCUUCCUGCUAGAUUGGAGCCCCUCUGUGCUCCUUUUGUCUGUGAAUUCAGUGCACCUGCAAUAGCAACCAAGAAAGUUGGGAUUUCCACCUCCCUCCCUCCCUCCACUUUGUUUCUGAUCAGUUUUCUUUGCCCUGCAGCUCCGGAGUGGGGAACGCCUCAAGCUGAUCCCCCUGCUCUGCAUCGUUUGCACUUCCGUCGUCUGGGGCUUUGCCCUCUACUUCUUCUUCCAGGGGCUGAGCACCUGGCAGGUGAGCCAUUUCCCUACCCUCCAUAUCCUCAGUUCCCCCACAGGCUUGUCCAGAACCACCCACGUCAGAGCAGACCUCUGAGUAACAAGUUGAAGGAGCUGCACUUAUACAGUGGUACCUCGGGUUACAGACGCUUCAGGUUACAGACUCCGCUAACCCAGAAAUAGUACCUCGGGUUAAGGACUUUGCUUCAGGAUGAGAACAGAAAUCGUGCUCCGGCAGCAUGGCAGCAGCGGGAGGCCCCAUUAGCUAAAGUAGUGCUUCAGGUUAAGAACAGUUUCAGGUUAAGAACGGACCUCUGGAACGAAUUAAGUACUUAACCCGAGGUACCACUGUAAAAGGCUUUAGAAAAGCUCUCAUGCCCUGCAUUGCUGUUUGGUUAGGGCUCCCUCCGUACCUUUUGGGACUACGACUCCCAUCAGCCCCAGGCAGUGGCCUGGCAGUUGCAUCCCCAGACCUCUGGAGGGCGCCAGUUAGGGGCAGACUGGGUUAGAGCUUGUUGGGUGGGGGCAGCUGAAUCCAGCGCAGGCUGCGCAGACCGCCUGCCUCCUGCCAAGCAUCACAGACUUCCUUGUCGCUGACCCUCCGCAGAAAACGCCGGCCGAGUCCCGCGAGCAUAACCGGGACUGCAUCCUGCUCGACUUCUUUGACGACCAUGACGUCUGGCACUUCCUCUCGUCCAUUGCCAUGUUUGGCUCCUUCCUGGUAGGUGGCGUGAGCCCAGCUGGGCCUGGCAAGGGGCGGGAAAUAGCAGCACCCAAACGGUGGUCCCCAACGCCAGCUGCGCCGAAAGGGCCAGCAAAUACUGGCGAGCAGGGAAGAAUCUGGAGGGAGGUUCGCCAAGGCGGUGCAGGCCGGGGCGAAAGCAGCACCCUGACCCACGUACUCCCCCUUGCACGACAGCACAAAGCUACCUUCAUUUCUGGGGAAGGAGAGGGUGGGCUUUUAAACCACCGCCCACCUCCCCAACCUGACCCUCCCUCCCUUCCUCUUGUUGUAGGUAUUACUGACUCUGGAUGAUGACCUCGAUUGUGUCCAGCGUGACAAGAUCUAUGUCUUCUAGAGGCCAGGAUUCCCCAGCAAGGGGGGAACGAGGUCUUUCCUGCCUGAUGGCUUGGGACAGGCCUUGCAGAGGCGUCUGGCUGGAGCCAGGAUUUGCAACAGGCCUCCCUGCCCGUUCAAAUGCAUCGUGAAGAUGUCACCUUUGGCAGAGCCUGCGGGAGCAACCUAGGCUGACGGUGGGGGGCACACCCUCUUUCAGUAUUUGAGGCUUCACGGUGCUGGAUGCCCCGGGCAACUUUGGGCAGCUUUGAAUGUUGCCUGUCUUGCAUUUCCAAGAGCUCUGGAUGCUAGGCAGGCUCCAGCCGGGUCACUUGGUCCUGCUGCUGCGCCAGGUUUUCAAGAGAAUCGGCACCUCGUUGGCUGCCAGCCUCUGAGGGUUGGCCUAUGUGCCCACCGACUCCCCUGGGCAUGGCCUGGGUCAAUAGGGAAAUGAUAAGUUCCCCCCCUGCCGCUGCUGCCUCCUCCUCCUCCUUAAAGGGGUGGGGGCUUGUUGUUAAGGGCCAAACUGGGGUCUUGCACUUCCAGCAUGGGGCUCAGGAGAGGGCCUGGCAGCAGCUCCUAGGUAAGGGGGCUGGCAGGAGCCUGCCCUGGGGGCCCUUGCCCUGGAAGCUCUGCAUCCGCCCAUUGCCUCACGCACAUUUCUGCCAACCCUGAGUUAAGCACAUCUUCGCCCUCUGCAGCUGAGGCCACGUUGCCUCCUAUCUCUGGACAAAGACUUGUGACCUCCAUGACGCUGCCACAACCGGUGUGAUCUUCCUUCCAAGCGUGGCCUUUCUGAGGGGCGGGUGGUGCUCAUUGGGGCCCCUCUUGCCAACUAGAUGCCACUGCCCUUGCUCUGGGCCACUGCCAUGCCCAGGAGGAAGGGGGCGCCGUUUUCUCUCUGUUCUUAAAGCACACACGGCAUUGGGGAGGGGGCUCCCUUCAGUGCCUAACUAAAAUUGGGGCGGCAGGUUGGGCUCUGUCUCCUUGUCUCCCCUUCCGCCUGCCACUGGGUGGGCCUUGGCAGCUGCGUCGCCCCCGACGGUUUACACUGCACUGCCUGAAGAUGUUUGCUCCUUUUUACUCUUGUUUUCUGCUCAGACCUAGAAUCCGAUCCAGGAGGCCUCUCUCCUCUCAUUGUUCCAUAUGAGCUGCCCAAAGUGGCCGUACGAGUAACAGUUAUGGGUGGCCGCUCCGGGCUGCAAGCCAAAGGGCUCCUUCAGUGGCUGGGGGGAGGUCCCCACCCACUGCACUACUGGGGGAAGAGCCUUUCCCCCCCACAAAAAAAAUAACAGUGAGAAGGGCCUCCUAUAUUCGUCCAUUCCUGGUUAUUGAUUGUGAGUUUGUUUGUUUCUUAACCAUUAUUCGUGUAAGACGUUGCAGAACAAAACGACCGUUUUCAUUUCUUACGGAUUCUGCUGCCAAAUGCAAAGAAAUAAACAAAAGCCUUGCUUUGCC